UACAGUAACUCUAGAGAGAGAAAACUCAGACUAAGUCUAGAGAGUGAAAACCCUAGAAAUAGAGUACACCCAGCUCAAGAGAGAGAAACUGCAUCCAGAAAAAAGUCCACCACAAGUUCCCAGAACCAAACCCCCCAAUACCCAAGUGCAGAGAGAGAGAGAGGUGAAAGAGGGAGGAGUUAGAGAGAGAAAAUAAACCCUAGAAUCGGUGGUCAUGUCGUUUCGCAGCAUAGUGAAGGAUGUGCGUGAUGGGCUUGGGAGCCUGUCCAGGCGCGGCUUUGAAGCUAGGCUCGGCUCGCGGCAGCGAGCGGAGCCCAACGCGGAGGAAGUAGAGCAGGCCCAGCAUGAGCCGGGUUGCUGGGCGAGCUUGCCACCUGAGCUGUUGAGGGACGUGAUGAAGAGGGUGGAGGCGAGCGAGGGGGCGUGGCCAGCUAGGCGCAGCGUGGUGGCUUGUGCCGCGGUUUGUAGAGCGUGGCGGCUCAUGUGCAGGGAGAUCGUUGGCACGCCUGAGAUGUGCGCCAAGCUCACUUUUCCGGGGUCGCUCAAGCAGCCUGGGCCACGAACAAGUCCUAUACAGUGUUAUAUAAAGCGGAAUAAAGCAUCCUCAACUUACCACUUGUACUUGGGUCUUAACACUGAAAAUGGAAAAUUUCUCCUUGCUGCCAGAAAGAUAAGGCGCCCUACACAUGCAGAAUAUGUUAUAUCUUUGGAUCCAGAAGAUAUGUCACGAACUACUGGCAGCUACAUUGGGAAAUUAAGGUCGAACUUCCUCGGGACCAAGUUUGCCGUCUAUGAUAGCCAACCCCCCUAUGCUGGUGCCAUCAUGUCAUCAUCAAGCUCGCGCUCGAGCCGCCGUUUCUACUCCCGACGGGUUUCCCCGAAAAUGCCAACAUCAGGCAGCUAUGGGGUGGCCCAUGUUGCAUAUGAGCUUAACAUGCUUGGCUCCCGUGGCCCCCGCCGCAUGCGUUGCACCAUGCACUCCAUCCCUGCAUCUGCCCUCGACCCUUCUGUGGGCCCUGCCCCUGCACCCGAAAUUGCAUCUUUGUCCUCACUGGACGAGUCUUUCUCGACACUCUCUUUCUCUCACUCAAUGGACCGAGACUUACGCCUCCUUUCGAAGAGGACUGACUCCUUCUCAGGGAGUGCGAGGUUCUCAGACAUAACAUCAUUUAGGGCCAUGUCGGGUCCUUUAGAAGGGAAAGAGUGGGAGAGGGGCCCACUUGUUCUUAAGAAUAAGGCGCCUAGGUGGCAUGAGCAAUUGCAGUGCUGGUGCCUCAACUUUCGGGGGAGAGUCACAGUGGCCUCUGUGAAAAACUUUCAGUUGAUUGCAGCUGUGGAGCCACCGACCACCUCUGAACCGGCCCCACCACCAGCAACUACUGGCUCAUCUGAUCAUGAUAAGAUAUUAUUGCAAUUUGGGAAAAUUGGAAAGGACCUCUUCACUAUGGACUAUCGUUAUCCUUUGUCGGCUUUUCAGGCAUUUGCCAUUUGCCUGAGUAGUUUCGAUACGAAGCUGGCUUGUGAGUGAGGGUCCAGGGUCGCGUGUGGUCGAGUGGGGGUCUUUGUGUAUAGUAGUGUUUGAUGUUUGAUAGGUUCAUGGUGUGAUUGGGUUCGCUAAAGAGGUUGUGCGCCCUAGCGCAAAGUGGGGGAGUGGGAACACGAAUGGCAAAGCAGUCGUUCAUUCUUGGUGUAAUUUGGAUAAUUCGAACUGUUUGUUGUGCUCUCUCUCGUCAUCUAUCUCAAGUCUGUGUCGUGUGCGUACAUGUGUGUCUGUGUUCUCCUACAGGAAUGUAGGACAUGGGUGAUAUGAGGAGACAUAAUGGGAAAGCUUUAGCUCAAAUGGCCAUUAGACAAAGAUGCUGAACCCCACAGGUUCUUUCGCCAGUCUUUGUUCAUUGCUCAAGGGACUGUGUUGUAGCAUGCUUCUGGAAUAUGGAAAAGGGAUUUGAUUAACACGA